CUCUUUCCUUUUAAUUCACUUUUUACGCAUCAUGCAGAGAGGAAUGCCAGAUUCAUCGCGAUCGACCGAUCUAUCUCGGAUGGCAGACUCGGGUAUCGAGAGGCUUCCCGAGGGAUGCAUCGCCCAAGCCAUCUCCCUCACGUCCCCCCGGGACGCCUGCCGCUCCUCCGCCGUCUCCUCUGCCUUUCGCUCCGCCGCCGCCUCCGACACCGUCUGGGAACGAUUCCUGCCCUCCGAUUGCCACUCCAUCCUCUCCCGCGCCGUCCACCCCGUGGAGUACUCCUCCAAGCGCGACCUCUUCUUCCUCCUCUGCGAUUCCGUCCUCAUCGAUGGCGGCAAGAUGAGUUUCUGGUUGGAGAGGUCCAGUGGGGUCAAGUGCUACAUGCUCUCCGCCUCUGCGCUGUCCAUCAUAUGGGGAGACACCCCCCAAUACUGGAAGUGGGUUUCCCUGCCCGAUUCCAGGUUCUCAGAGGUCCCCCAACUGCUGGCCGUAUGCUGGUUGGAGAUUCGUGGGAGGAUCCAGAGUAAAAUGCUCUCCCCGAGAACAACUUACGCUGCCUAUCUUAUCUUCAAACUAGCUGAUUCGUCGCGUGGUCUCGGCCAUCCACCCCACGAAACAUCCGUCACGGUUGGAGCGCAAUCAUCCACCAGAGCGAUCCGCUUGCAGCCCCGUGGCACGGAUAGGCACGCUUUGAGGAUGGUGAACUUUCCAGGAGGAGCUCCCGAAGCGGAAGAGGAGGAACUCGGUGGGCGGGCAAGGGAGGACGGGUGGAUGGAGGCGGAGAUGGGCGAGUUCUACAAUGAGGACGGGGAGGACGAGGAGGUGGUGAUGAGUUGGAUGGAAGUGAAAGGAGGGCAUUGGAAGAAGGGUCUCAUCGUCGAGGGCAUCGAGAUAAGGCCUAAAACUUUGGCCAUAUAGCCUUACGUAAUUGUAUCGUCUUCCAAAGAAUAAUCCUAAAUAAUUUGUCACAAA